UGAGAGGGGGCGAUUGCAGGGGAGAGAACGACGUCAUUGUGGUGGAGUCACUGUGACGGCGUCACUGUGGCGGUGGCGGUGUAAUUGGCGUGAAAAUAUUUGACGGUGACCACUCUUAGUGACAUGAAAAACGAUCACAGUGUUUUUUGUGUUCACGCGUGUUGAGAGCGUCUCUCUCUGGAACCUUCCUUCCAGACUCACGCGGAAGGAUGGUUGUCGUCGAUUCUUCGACUGAGCUGCGUUUUUUGUGUUUGUCGGACGAAUUUCACUCCCGUUUUGAUUUCCGUGCUCGGAUUAGUUACUGGUAUAUUGUUUUUAAGGCCAUCUUGGCCAAAAUCGAUUUUCUGGUGCGAAGGUUUCUGCUCGUAUUUCGCAGGUGCUUCGUUGCAGAACAGGUUUAAUCGGGACUGGUGUGGUAUCCGGACCGACUAGCCAACCUGGAUUUCGUCUGUCUCUGCACCCUGAUCAGAUUUUAGGUCUGAAAAAGGGCUCCUGUGGUGUGCGAUGCAGAAAAAUAGACGCGAAUUUGGGGAAAAUCCCAGGAUGCGUUGUACGCGCUCUUCGUCUAGGUUUGAUGUUCUUGGAGACAUAGAUGUUGAAUUCCCACUCGCCUGUGUGAAAAUUCCCGGUACAAGGGCUGCGGAAUUCACUUCUGCUGCAGAAAGAACUGGUGCUGUAGGGACUUCUGGACUACUUAAACAGGUAACGAUGCAGGCUGGGAUUAAGACCAAGUCAGGUCUCUGAAGCUUUAGAAAACUUGGAUGAGAAUUUCCCAGAGUUGCAGAACAUGAAUGUGAUGAAACUAGGAGACAAACCAACUGCUAAGGUUAAAACUCCUGGGAAACCUACUGGGAAUUCGCCUACACCUGUGACUGCAAAGAAAGAUGCAAUAGCUACUAGUAUAGAACCUACAGCUACAGGGCCCUUACUUACUGCUAAGCCUGGGCAGACCACUUCUGGGGACUUUGGGAAAGCUGGACAGAACUCCCAGGCUGCAGGUGCUGAAAAAACAGGGCAUAUGGGGACUGCUCCUCAAGCAAUUGCUAAGCAGCCACGGGAGAAGAAGCAAAUUACAAAUGGGGAUGCAGCUGCUAACAUCUCUGGGAAAGGACCUCUGCAUACCGGGGCUGCUACUCUAGCAGCUGGUCUGGCAGAAACUUUGGCUUUGACUCAGGGGGAUGUGCAUACUACUCCGGAACAACCUGCUAAGGCUCCACCUGCCGCUAAGGGUACUGUUGCUGCAGUUAAUGUAGGGGCAAAACUGAUUGAAAAAGCACCUGCACAAACUGAAUAUGGGGGUGCAGGGGCUGCUAGAGCUUGGUCUUCACUUUUCAAAGACAACCGGGACCCCUCAAAGGGCUUGAAAUUGAGGUAUAUCCCGCCGAAAGGCAAUUCUUUAGAUUUUACGGAUAGAGUCUUGCCCUCUAUGGUCGACAUGUGGGGAUUUUGUCUUGUGGGUUUCUUUACCGGGAAGUUUCCGGGCCUUAAAGCGGUGUAUGACUUGAAAAAAACUUGGGGGGUUACUUGCAUGGUUGAUAAGCAUAACAAGGGAUGGAUUAUUUUCAAAUUUAAAAAUGAUGAAGAUAGAUCAAAAGUUUUGAAUGGAGGUCCUUAUAACAUCUUUGGUAUACAACUCAUGUUAAAAACGCUUUCGGAAGAUUUUUCCUUUGAUGAUGAUGAAUUUCUCAAAGUCCCGAUUUGGGUAAAAUUUCCUAAUCUACAUAUGAAACUUUGGAAUGAGGAGGCUAUGAGUGAGGUUGCAUCUAUGGUGGGGGUCCCGCUUUCUACGGACAAAGUUACUCAAAAUAGGAGUAAUCACCACUUUGCCAGAGUUCUGAUUGAAGUUGAUGUUUCUAAACCACCCUCGCUUUCUUUUCCUAUACGGCUACCUUCCGGUAAGGUAGUCAAACAAAUGGUGGUUUAUGAAACUUUCCCUCACUUUUGUUUCCAUUGUAAAAUGUAUGGACACCACCCAUUCAUUUGCAAUAAAUUGGCAUCAAAAGAACGGGAUUUGGCUACUGUUGAUAAGAAAGAGGAUAUUGUGAAUGAGGGUUCUCAAGUGGAAAUUGUGGGAACUACUGUACCUGCUGCCCAGCCAGCCCAGGAGCCUCCUGCUGCUGCUUACCCGACCGGGUGCUGCACUGACCCAACCGAUACUGGGCAGGCAGUGUCCCAGGGGUCUGCCAGCGCUGUUUUGGAUGGUACUAUGGGUUUGCACACAGACCAAGGGAUUGCAGGGACUGAGCCCACUGCCCAGGGGGCUAAAUCGGAUUCCAUGCCCGAAUCAGAGGAGGAAGAUGACACAGAAGAUGAGGAAUCUGAUGAUGAGCCGAAAGAUGAGGAGGAACAGAGAAUUCUUGACGAAUACUGGGAAAAAAUUACUCAAUAUAAGAAGAUGAAGAAAAGGAUGGUAGCUGAGCCUGCUCAAAUAGGUUUAGGCUGAUUUGAUAUUGUUUCCCACUGCCGUUUAUUUGAUUGUUUGUAUUUGAUUUCUCUGAUUAGGUGGAUAUGGGGAAUGCCCCAUUAUUUUGUUGAUGCAUUAUAUUUAGGUUAGAUUCAUCUAACUUAGAUAGUCUUUCUAGAUUUUGUGUGAUACAUUGUAAAAUGUUAUUUUUGGGUGUUUUUUAUAUAUACUUACAUUUCAU